GAAUGCUACACAUGGAUUUGGAAGACCACAGAAAUACAUGUACAUGUGGUGACAGAGUGCAUGAAAUAAAUAUAUUUGAGGAAGACGUAAAGAACAUUAUAAAAUUUGAAAAUGACAUUCUAGAAAACAUUGCAGCUGAAGAAAAUCUGGAAACAGCUCGUCAAUCUUCUGAAGGAGACAUCCGGACUUCAAAUGUGGGUUGUGAGCCAGACUCAUUUAUUUCCAGAGUCAUUUUAUCGUGUCUUUGAGGCUUUUCAUUCAGAGCCUAUGCACAUUGAUAAAAGCACCUUGACUCCUCUCCAACCGGGCAGUAGGUGUGAUUGUGCUCCUUCUUUGUUGAUGCGAGCAAGUAGCAGAGAUUUAAAUUACAGUCUACAAUCACAUGAGUUAUUUGGCUAUUACCACCCAGUUCGCUUUGUGCAAAGUACAGUUUCAACAAGUCAAGGUUUCAUAAUUAAACUUUCUUAAUAAAAUUUGUUUCUUCUCUUGCAAGACUAGUUUUAAAUGUGAAGGACACCUCUAGAAUGAUCUAGUUACAUCCAAUAAACACAUCCAAUAUACAAGAUUCCUACAAUUUACAAUUGCAAAAUGAGAAAUGGGAUUCCAUUGCUGCACACUGAAUCGAAAGUAAUGUGGAAGAUUCCAAACAGAUAUGAAAUCAUUCAAAUGGCGUUUCACUUCUACUGACACUGGAAAAUGUAUCAUAACAAAUAAAGAUAAACAUCCAGGUAACUUGGAUCAGUCAGAUAUUUAGAUUGAUGGCUACAUUCACAUGAGUUAUUGGGAGUAUUUUCACCCAGUUCUUAUUGUGCAAAGUACAGUUUCAGCAACUCAAGGUUUAUUAAUUAAUUUUUCACUACAAAAUUUGUUUCUUCUCUUGUGAGACAUAACGAAAAACACUAACUCAUGAUCUAAGAGUGGACCUCAAUGCACAAUCUCCUUGACUUAUUCAACCGUAUUCAACACAUUAGUACAAAUACAAUACUGACACAUUUGCAGUUGCUAUUUCUUACAUACAUUGGUGCAAGCAGUAAAGAGUACCUUUGCAUCACAGUUAUUAAGACUAUCACAGAAAGUAACAGCCUUUGUCUGACGUCUUUAGGGUAAAAAUAUGUUGUAUGUAGAAGAUAGCUGUUAACAAGUAUAGAGGCUACAGGACACAUAAGACAUUGAAAAACACAACCUCAACCUAGUUCGCUCCACACCAGAAGGUAAACUUAUCACAAUUUCAUCAGAACUCAGUUGUCACGAAUUGUCUGGUUGAGACCUUCAUCUACAUACUGGGAAACUAAGCUUCACUGGUCGAAUUAUGUAAAAAGAAAAAUCACAGUGAAAACCUGUGGGUGCUCCCACAAUGUAUUGUACUUAGCUGGCUUUCUGGACAGAAAUCUCGGAGACAAAGUGGAAUUAUUGUUGGGGCUCAAGUUAUUAAGAAAGGGGAAUUGUCAUACUAUUUGAUAGAGCCCAACUGACAACCAAUAAAACAAAUUUGAUUGGCUGUGGUAGCCAAUUUAUGGUUUUAGCUUCAAUAACUAAGUAAAACAUAAUUAUUACUUCAAGAAAAAUGUAUUAUUGGUGAGGAGGACGUAAAGCGAAUUAUUAAAUUUGAAACCGACAUUGAGGAAGAUUUUGCAGCUAAUGAAUUUCUGGUAAGACCACAUGCUUAAAUAUAACACCACAAUAGACAAAAAUCUGUAUACACUAUUGGGUCACAAACGCAAGCUUUUACAAGCCGCUCUACAAACCACUCACUAUUUACAAGCAAACAUCUCAUCAAUUUUCUGAAGUAAACAGUCAGAGUGCAGCUUGGGGUUGUGAGCCAACCUAACGUGCCUCUUCAUUUCCUUCUUAGUGUUACUGGACUUGUAAAAUUUCUUAUUACAUAAUGACACAGGGCAACCAUACAUUCCUGCAUCGUCUGGCUCACAGGACAAUGAGCCUGUGUCAGUUCCGCUUGUAGAACUAGUUGAUUUGUCCUGCAAAUGAAACAACUCAAUCAGGAUAAGUGAUAAAAACAUGAGCGAAAUGGAAAUGUACCAUAUUAUCACUUACAAUGUAUGCGCUCUCACAGAUUUCAUUGCAAGACAGCUUCAAUUCAUUGACUAUACUUUGGUUGAACACAGGUUUCCCACUACUUUGGAUUUCAUGAAGGUCAGGCCUACAGGCAGCCACCAGAUGUUUAAAGUUAAUGUGCAGAGGGCUAAAAUGAACAAUCACAAGUUAACUGUAUGCUAGUUGGAGGGUGAAUAAAUAUCUUACUAAUAUGCUACUGACCUUCUGUUGGAGCAUAAGCAUCGUUUUGAAUUCAUUAAAUAUGGAAUGGCACCAACAGUCAUAAAAUUUACUGCUUCUGAUAUGCAAGGUCCAGUGGAGAAACCAAAAUGAGGUGUGUUUGGCCGUAUAAUCAACAUAUCCCCAGGUUUCUGUACGACCUGGCGAAUGAUACAAUAAUCAUGUACUUACUAGUGCAACUAAAAUAAUACAUGAUACUCUAUUGUAGGUACUAAACACUUACAAUUUUGAAAGGUAUGUUUUUACUCUUCAACCAUGGAACACUGGGAAUAUGACGCUUGUGCCCAAGUACAUUCAUACAAGAAGCAUCCAAAAUAUGGGACCCUCUUCGUAGAUGAAACUCAAGCAAUGAUGUAGAUGUUGGCGGCACAAUCACCCUGUGCAUUACAGGGAAACAUGACUGCUGUGGCAUGUAGAAAAUAAGAGAGCAGUGCAGAGCAUACAUGCAGAAGAGGUCUUACCAAACUUUAGCAUGGCCAAGGAAAUGAUAAUUAGCACUAUAAAAUAAACCAUCCUCAUAAUGGCAACCGAAGGAGCUGUGAGUUGAUGCAUAGUAGCGAAAGCUAGUUUGAAUGCCAGGAUAGUGAUGAUCAAGAGCCCAUAGCAAAUUAAAAAUCCUGCUCAGGCGCAGAUUUUCUGUCACGCUGAUGCGACUGCUUGGAGCCUGCUCUCCAAAACCGUACAUCACACAAUGGUCAUUAACUCCCUGUUUAGGCCCCGUGCACUCUACAUCCUGACAUUUUCUUUGAGCGCCUGUCAUGCUCGCUUCCCACUUAAAGUUUGAAGUAUCACUUUUGAAACCAUUGAUGACAGCCUGCACAGCUCUUACUCUUUUUCUGAAAUCAACUUUACUGGCAAUAUGUUUGAUACCUCCAACUCUCAGGAUAUCUGUUUCCCAAUGUUGAAACAGCUUCUCCAAACCAUCAUCCUCGGUUAAAAAUUUAGAGCUGAAACCAAAUAAAAUGUAAAUGUUACAAUAUGAACAGGAAUAUGCGAAGGUUUACACAAGUUUAUACUAAAUAUAAUAGAUGUACCAGCAGGUUUCAUUUUUGUAUGAGGCGUAAGUACGUAUGCAUUCCUUGGCCUUCUCUACCUCUCCAGAUAAAUCCUGACUAAUCCUGUAACACAUACAAUUCGAGUCAGCGAUGAACAAAACGUCCGGCAAGAGACUACGACUUUUUGAAAAAGUACAGCUAACCUCUGUGUGUGCAACUCGUACAGUCCUUCCUCUGGCGCCCUGAGAAACUUUUGCAUGUCAAACCUGUCCAAAUCUCCUGAUAAGCACAAGAAGCGUAGAAAUUCUUCCUCAGUUUCUGGUUUAACGCUGCGGAUCGUCAUAUCAAAUGUUGCCUGGAACAAAACAGACAAGCUGUACCAAACAAAGUAAAAGAAGGAAAAUAAACGAAUCCUUUAAAUUGGGGACAUGCCACAAAAAAACCGUCUUGGAGACCCUUUCCAUUUUCCUCCAAAGAUUCUAUCCAUGGAAUAAAAUCCUCUGACCACUUUGCAUCAAUAUGGACAUAAACACGGUCAUAAGUUCCGGCCAUUUUUCCUACAGCUCCAGCUCCAGCUCCUCUUGGCUCCUGCGCAGAUGCAGUAGGGGAGGGGGAGGGGAGGGGAAGGUGGGUCCUGGUUUGAGGCCAUGGUAUGAGAAAUCCUGCUUGUUAAAAUACCUCUCACCUUGAAUCAAUGGUUUACCAUUUUUUAAUUCGAUGAUAUCUUCGCGGCAAGUGACAGCAAAAGUAAUGCGCCGACGAUUAUCGGACACUGAAGACCAAACUGACAAAGUGGCGUGUGGGGCGUGGGGGGAAGAAGAAAGAAACGAAUCAAAAAGUACAGGAAACAGUACCAAGAAACAGUGUGGAUCAUUCAUGUACACCCUCUAUGGUACACCAACAAGUCCAGAAUAAUUUUCUCGGUCAAGAAAAGUAGAAAAAGUGAACUAUUUUAUCUGUUUAUCAAUACUGUUUCCGGUGCUUUUAGAUUCUUUUCUUUCUUCUUCCACAGUCGGUGGAAUGGUCUAUUUCUCAUACCACUGGCCUCGCGCGCGCUAGCAGCUAGCAGUAGCAGCAGCAGCCCCUGUGUUCGGUACAACUCUUGCAGUUUCUCCCACCACACAAGUAGCAAUACAAUAUAGCUAUGGGUCGUGGAGCUAAACAUGGAGUGCAGCCAAGAAAAAGUACCAGGCCGCCGGUGCCGCUGGCUGAGACUGCGAAAGAAUGCAAGAAAACUUCAUCAGGAUUUGAGAUGUCUGUAAAUCAGCUAUCAGAACUAUGGAAAUAUGACAUGACUCUUGCGCAUCAACUUAUGGGUUUACCGUUGAGGGAUUGUUCAGCAAUCCUACAAGAGGAAGAAAACAUGCCCGCUAUGGAUAUUAACAGCUUCACCCGAUUAAAAACAAGCAUCAAACGUAUGUGGUUUGAAGCCGAAGAAAUAUUUACAGCCCGCAAAACAUUUGAUUGUGGAUGGGGUUUGUUUGUUAGAGAGGACCAUGACGCUAGCAAGAGGGUACUUACUCCCACCUCAGCACUGCGUAUGGGAUGGAUAGCAAGAUUCCCAGGACCAGAAAAUCCUACUCAUCACAGGUACCUACGCUCUCCGUGCCAGCAUCAUGGCAAUGAUUUUCUGUACCUUGGAGGACCACUCUCACUCUGCAACUAUGACCCACAUCCAAAUCUGAAGGUGGACUUUAGUAUCUCUUCCAAGGAGGAAAGAGCAAACUUUGUAUUUGUGCAAAAGACAGAAAAGUUGGAGCCAGGUGAUGAAGUUUUCUGGACAUAUAACAUCAGCAAACAGGAAAUGGAGGACGGGUCAAAAGAUUUUUAUCAAGAAAGCGAAUGGAAACUGUCGUGCUGCUCCGAGACUGACUUGGACCUUGUAAGCAAUCAACCGCCCAAGCGAGUAUGCAAGCGUAGCUCUCAGCCACACAAGGAUUCAGUGAAAUUGAAAGGCUACAGGUUCUGCACAUACUGUGGAUUGAAUGCUGCUGAUUUAAAACUGAAUAUGAAAUGUCACAUAGCACUAAAGCAUCCAUCAGAACUUUGUGCUGAAAUGAGUGGAGAAGAGAAUUACGUACCAGGUGAAACCCCCAUAUCAUCUAAAGCAUUUCUCCAGCACCUUGAUGCAGUUUCAAAUGCUUACAAUACAUUGCACAAUUUGGGUUACAAGGUUCUUCCUGCCUGCCAUAUCUUUGAACAUACGGGUUAUUAUUGCCUGUCACCAGAAUCAUCAGAGGAGCAAAGGGAAGGUUUACUCUCUGCACUUGAUGCUGAGGCAAAGAGAGCGUUCAGCAAAUAUCAGAUUAUUUAUGCAAGAGGCAUAUCAAAGCCAACUAAAUAUGAACACUUUCUGAAACCACCUAAUAGUGGUUAUGGUUCUGUGCAUUGGAUUGGUGACCGCCCUUCCAGUACCAAUUUUUCAUUGAGCAACCACCCCAUGUCUCAAGAGGAGAGUGAAGCACACUUAGCAUCGGUUAAAAAAUGUAUCCAUAAUCUCGGUACCAUGUGGAUGAUUCUUUCUCCUACGUCUGACCAUCAUUAGUUAGUUGUGUUAAAUGUGAUACAAACUACCGAAGUUAAUGAAAGGUUUGUAGGCCAUGUCUAAUGCAAUUGGUUGUGUUGGAUUGCCCUACUCAAUAAACAAUUGUGGCACCUACAUAUCUUCAAAUAGUUUUCUGUUCGCAAUGGUAGAAAAUAUUUUACAUGCCAUUAAAAUGACAACCUGAAUACUAUCAAAUUUGGUGCUCGUAAUGAUGUGAUAAAAACAUACUUUGUUGCAAAUCCAUUCAUCAUAACUUAGAGAUGUAGAUGUAACUAUUAAAGGAAAAAAAGGCACGACAAAAUGUCAUUACAAUAGUCAAUUAUUACUGCUUUCUCUGAAACCUUUCAAAUCAUUUCCCUCAGCUAGUGAACUUGUAAGUGUACUUCGUGGACUAUGUGAAAUACUGCAUGAAGACUCAUUAAUCUCUGUAGACAAGAUCUUCAUCAUAUAUUCAUCUCAUCUCCAAUUCAUUUUCCAAGAAAUGUUUGCACAAAAGUGAUCCGACUCCGAAGUAAAUCCAAACAAACAAAAUGUUGCUAGUUAAAUGCUCUCUACAUCUUCUUCAAAUUUCCGGCUUGUAAUAAUUAAAUUCGGCAAAAUUCUCAUGCAUUUAUUAUCUGUCUAUAUUACUACAUUGAUCAUGCGGCUUUGGUAUACUUGCAAACGUCCAAUUUUCUGUAACACUUGCAUAUAUUGGUCGUAUAAAAUUGUCCACUUGCCAUGUAUUGUAUGAAUUCUUGUAUUUAUGCUUCAAUACAUAUCUAUGCGCUAUGUCCUAACGGAUGGUAUUGUGGUGGCAGUUCUACCUCUGUAAUAAAAAAACAAACAUACUCAA